AUGUCUGUCUGGCUUGUUAAGCGGACAAGGGAUCCUCUUGAGACCCUUGAAAGAAUGUUAACUAAGACGACCCUUGUUACUCAAAGAGUGGGUCACGAGCAUAUUAUGGACAUUGGAGACAAGAUUGUAGAUGCAACACGAGUUGAUGACCAAGGAGAAAAAGAUAAAGUCACACAAGGCGCUAUAGAAGCAUGUGAGGCUAGAGCGACGAGAGAACUUAGGGCCGCCCUAAAACGGCUCAGGCAUGAGAAGGACGAGGAGAGACAAAGGGCAUUAGAUAAACAACAAUGGUAUUUUGACAGACUGGUAGCAAGAAUUUCACAUCAACGAGAUCAAGCCGAGGCAGAGAGGAUGAGAGAGUUUAGAAAGAAAAUACAGGAGGAGAAGGAGGAAGCUUUAAGGCAACAGCAAGAGGAUCACGAGAAAAUGAAACAGAAAGCUGUCCAGCAAGCUUGUGAUGUGCUGCGGACACAGCUAAGAAAUGAGUUUGCUGUAGAAAAACAAAGAGCUGUAGCGGACGCAUUAAGAAAAGCAAACGAGAGUUUCAAACAGAAAGAGCUGGACAUCAUUGAGCGAACAAGACAAGAAUGUGAGGAGAAAGCAAACAAAGACGCCGAGCGAGUUAAGAAAUACGAAAAAGAACUUUCCCAUAAGGAACAAGUGGAGAGAGAUUUCAGGGCUCUCCAAGAUGACUACAGAAAGUUUAUGGACCACACAGAUGGCAUUUUCCACUCAGAUUACCUCAUGCAUUUGCGCUAUUUGGGAAUGAGAUUGGCAAACAAGGAGAUUUCUGCAGUAACUUAUGAAGACAUUGAGCCUCUGCCUAAACUUUGA